AAACACAUUUGCUAGCAACUAGCUCCACAUGCUUUCUCGAUCCAUACGGUAUUUCUCCAAUUCUGCAAUAAGAGCAGCUACUCAAGUAGCCCCACCUACUCUUCAAGAUGUGGUUAUCAUUGGUGGAGGACCAGCUGGUCUCUCAUUAUUAGCUACCUUGAAAAACUCCCCAAAGACCAAACACUUGAACUGUACCUUAAUCGAAGGAGGUAGUUUGGACAAAGUACGAGAAUUUGCCACCAAUCCACCUCAAGAAUACACCAACCGAUGUGUUUCAAUUACUCCCAAAACCAUUGACUAUAUGAAACACAAGAUUGGCAGUUGGGAUUUCAUUCAUGAAGAUCGAAUCAAGGAAUAUCAAGGGAUCAUUGCCUAUGAUGGGCAAGAUGCAGAUUCACGAGUUGAAUUUGAUGUCAAUUCUAUUGGAAAAGAUAAUCUUGCUGCCAUGUGCGAGAAUAUCAAUAUUCAAGCGUCCUUAUUGGCCAAAGUUGAAAGUCUUGGGUUGGAAGACACCACCACCAUUAAAGACAAUACCAAGGUUGUGGAUAUUAUAAACCCAUUAACACCUGAUUUGGAAAACCAUGAUUUGAAUGAAAUAGAUGAAGUUCCAGGAACCGGUAAAUUAGACUGGCCAAUUAUAAAGUUGUCCACCGGGGAAUCAAUCCAAACUCGUCUUUUAGUGGGAUGUGAUGGCUAUAACUCACCUGUUCGUAAAUACGCUCAAAUUGAAUCAAGAGGUUGGCAAUAUAAUACUUUUGGGGUAGUAGCAACAGUGAAGUUACAAUAUGAAGAUUUCAGAUCAGUGGGUUGGCAAAGAUUUUUAACUACUGGUCCACUUGCAAUUUUACCAUUGAGCGAAGAUAAUGCAACUAUAGUAUGGUCCAGUACUCCUGAAUUGCUGGAAAUUCUUGUCAAAGUUAACAAAGAUAUCUUUCCUCGUCUUGUUACUGCAGCCAUGGUGUUGGAAGAAACCGACUUGAAGUAUAUUUACGGGUUAUUAAAAGAAAACCCUGAUGAUUUGUCUGCAGUUGAAGAAAUCGAAUGGAGAAUGUCCAAGGUUCCUGAAGUGGUUUUAGAAGAGAGAUACCCUGCGGCUAUUGUUUCCGUUCUUGACGGAUCUCGUGCUAGAUUCCCUUUGAAGUUAUCUCAUGCAGAUACUUAUGUAGCUCCAAGAGUAGCAUUAGUAGGUGAUGCAGCCCACACUAUUCAUCCUUUGGCAGGGCAAGGUUUAAAUAUGGGCCAAUCUGAUGUAAUCCACCUCGUUGAAGCCUUGGAAAAGGGUAUUGAUAGAGGAUUGGAUCUUGGAUCUACGCUAGUUUUGGAGAGUUAUGUUUCCAAUGCAUGGCCCGCAAACCAUGCUAUGCUUGGAAUUUGCGAUAAGAUGCAUAAAUUAUUCUCUACUGAUUUCUACCCAUUAGUUCUCGCUAGGGGAUUGGGUAUGAAGACAGUCAACUUCCUUAGUCCAGUCAAGGACAUGAUGAUGAAACUGAUUAGUCUUUAGAUCUCAUAUAUUGUACAUAUUUUUUCCCCAUAUAAAGUUUAUGAUUAUGAAUUAAUAUUUUUUUUUCGUCU